AUGAACCCUGGUUACUCGUCCACGGCCAGCCAGCCAGGCCACAACCCUUCCGCGAUGCCUCACGAUGUCCACCACGCGCUGCCUGCCAUUGGUCAUCCCGGCAGCUACCACGCGUCCAUGCCUCAGCUGCCGUCUAUUCCUCCGCCGAUGCCUUCGCACUACUCGGACCAGUACGGCAUGAUGCAACAACCGCAGGACCAGCCGGCAGCCUCCUCUACUACCGAAGGCGCCGCCGAGACGAAGCCAAGCGCAGAUGCUUUGGCAAGGACCCAGAAGAAGCUCCAGCCCCAUGUCGGCGAGCAGGAUGGUCGCAAAUACCGGUUCGUGGACCGAAGGCCUAUAACUCCCCCACCUUGCAUUCGCCUCAUCGUAACCGAUGCUGUCACGGGCAAGGAGAUUGACUGCAACGAAAUCGAGCACACAAUGUAUGUCCUCAACGUCGAUCUCUGGUCUGAGGAUGCGCAGCAGGAGGUAAAUCUUGUCCGUCACACUUCCGCCACGCCUUCCAUCUCGUCAACUACUCCGGCCUCCUUCGCGCAAAUUGAUUCAACUUCGCCGGCGUUCGCUCAGAUUCCUGGCACGAAUCGCGACAUGCCAUCCUACCCCCAGUCCCAGGCGUAUGCGCCAAGCGUAACGCCCUUUGCCCAACAGGGAGGCUAUGGACAGCAAUCAAUAUCUCCAGUUGGUCCGCACUACGGCAUGGUGGCCAACACGUACGGUGGUCAAGGGGGCUACACGUACGCCUCGCCCACCGACAUGCACCCGCACCAACUAGGCUCUCAAGUAGGACCUUAUGGGCCCCGGAUUUUCAACGGAGCUCCAGAUAUGGGCAUGCAUCAGCGGAUGGCGCUGCAGGGGACGCACCAAGGCGCUCCUCCCCAAGGAAUGUUUACAAGGAACCUUAUCGGCAGCUUAUCCGCCAGUGCUUUCCGGCUGAACGACCCCCAGGAAAAGAUUGGCAUCUGGUUUGUGUUGCAAGAUUUGAGCGUCCGGACAGAGGGGAUCUUUCGUCUACGUUUCUCAUAUGUCAACGUCGGAGCUCCGACCAGGACUCCCAAUGGCGGCCCUGCCAACCAAACGUCUAUCCUCAACACAGGAAAAGCGCCCAUUCUUGCGUCAUGUUUCAGCGACGCUUUCCAAGUUUACUCGGCCAAGAAGUUCCCAGGUGUUUGCGAAAGCACGCCUUUGAGCAAAUGUUUUGCCGGGCAAGGAAUCAAGAUUCCGAUUCGCAAGGCAGAAGGUGGUGGUAAAAACAAUGAUGACGAUGACGACUAUUGA